CGAAUUUUGUAUUUAUUGACAAAUUGCAAAACGAUUAAACCAUGCACCUAGAUAGCCGGAAACGACGUCGUCGACGUCAACUUUCCCCAAUCGGAAACCCUUUCUCUCGCUCGUUCGCCGGCGCACACUGAUUCAGAAACUUCUCACCCAACCCAUAAGCGCGUGCUUGUUGCUCAAUCAUUCGUGUUCCUUCUCAAUCUCUGACAUACAGUUUAAAAGAAGCCAGCUGAAGUGAAAUCAAUACCAGAUGGCCGAACCAUCCUCGCCGGGUCGGAGCUCCACGGCGAUUACGGAUCUCGACAUGGACGCCCUCACGCGAUGCGCCGGUUACCUCAGCCUCCAAGACGUCUCCAGCUUGGCCAUGUCGUGCAAAUACCUCAAUCGAGCUGCGUACUCCGAUUCUAUAUGGAGAUCGUUAUACAGUCAGGAAUGGCCCCGAGUACCUCUAGACCUUAAAGCAUCCAGUGUCAGGGAAGCUUAUCUGUCAAGGCACAUUUCUUUACGGCAGUUUAAAUAUGUCGAUCCUUUGGUUCGCGAUAUUUACACAGCUGGAGAAUCUCUGGAUCACAUGCUGUUAGACAGGAACACCAUUAUAUUCUCGCAGGGUCAGUAUAUAAAAUCUUUGAACACUGAAAAUCUCGUCAAUGGAAGAAUCUCAGUUGCCACUCGAGGAAAUCACAACUCUAGGAUUACAUGCAUGAGACUUUUUUCACCGAGUGAAGCGUGCUUAUAUCAGAGUGGGUCUGAGGGAGAUGAUAAUGUUCUUAUAACUUCAAGCACUGACCGUUUUAUUCGGCUAUGGUUCAAGGGAGUAAACCGAUGCUUCAAAGGUCAUACUGGACCAGUGCUUACACUCUCUGAUAAACUACUCGGUGAUAAUUCUGGAAAAAUAUUUGCUAGUGGAGGUGAAGAUUGUACAGUUCGCCUUUGGUCGAUCAACUCCUCUGGAAAGCGGGGCCAGCAAGCAUUGAAGGUCACACUUUUUGGACAUGAAAAAGCUGUAUCAUUUAUGUCAGUUGCUGGGCACAAAACAUCUCUGCUGGUUAGCAUUUCAAAGAAUGGCAAGGUCUGGGACACAACAACAGCAUCAUCUUCUACUCGUUCUUCAUGUUGUGUGGGGUCCACCUCUUUACCCGGCAUGCCAGUGGGUAUGACAUGCCAUGAAUCUCUGGUCUAUGUUGCCACUGUGUCAUCCAUGCUAGCAGUCGAUUUAAGAACAAUGUCCAGAGCAUUUAUGGCAGUCCAUGAAGGAAACAUACAUUCAUUCGAGUUUUUGCCUUCGAAAUCUUUGAUUUGCACCGGUGGAGCUGGCAGAGCCUUGCUGUGGGAUAUCAGGAGAUUUUCCGAACCAACCGUUGAGCUGAGUAAACACGAAGGGCCCGUUAAACUUUUACACUUGGAUCAUCACAAAAUCGUAACUGGUGGGCCGUAUGAUUCCUAUAUAAAAGUUUGGGAGACCGAUACAGGCCAACAUUUGAAUUCAUUGAUCUCUUCUGGUGAAGAUGGAAAACAAAAUUACACGGGAUGCUCCACAAUGGCAGUUGACAGGUGUCGGAUUGUGACUGGUGGUGGUGUAGCAUACGAGGGAAACUCUCUGUUGCGCUUCAGGGACUUCAGGACUGCCACCUGGCGCGUGCCGUCUGGCCCGUACGAACCGGACCCAAGUGUUUCCAAGUUCUGGGGUUCUCUUUCGGAUAUCGAUAGUGAUUCAGAAGAAUCUGUUGGUUUUCUUUCAUCUCCGAUCAGCUCCAACUCCCCACCUCAGAUCCCCAAAACCCCACCGCAAUCCGCCGCCGUAAAAUGUCCCCUCCCGCCGCCUUCCUCCUCCUCUUCCAUCUCUUCCUCCUCGUCCCCGACGCCUCCUCCGCCGCGCCGAUCAUCGGCCUCGACUCCUUCCUCACCCAGCAGUUCCGCCGGGACCCCCACGCGGCCAACGACUCCUUCCCCUCCCUCNCUCUCCGCCGUCCCCUACUCCAUCACCGACCAGAUUAUCCGGAAUGAAUUCGAGAAGGAGAAGCCCGUCGGCUCUUUCCACAUCUUCAUCAUCCAUCUCGGGUCUCAGUCAAAACCCUAUGCUUACAGCUACACCCCUGGGGAUAGCUCCCCUGGCCACACCAAGUGCUUGGGCAGUAUCUGGGCCGGGAAAGACCGAUACCUGUGGAUUGAUCUGGGAGCUGGGCCUGUUGAUUAUGGCCCCGCCUUGUCCGGCGAUGGGGUCCUGCCAAAGGGCGAGUUCCAUCCAUUAGCAGCACUCCACGGCCGGCCCAAAUCCCAAAAGGCGCUGCUUUCAGAUUUAGCUUCUCUAGUAUGGAGUGCUUAUCAGGUACUUCUUGUCCCAUCUUUGAGGAUCCCCGUGCCGUUUGAGAACAAAUUGAUUGUUGAGUUCGUUCAUAUUCACGGUGAUGACGUUAGUAGUAUGGGUUUGGACUGGAAGUCCAUAGAGAGGACUUUCAUGGAUGAGGUUAAUAACCAUGACUUGUUAUUAGGGGAUCAAAGUUUGAGUUUCAAACAAUAUGAUGUGAAAUUAUCCGAGUGUUCGAUUUGCUCUUUCUCAAUUGCUAGGGCAACCACCUCGUACACUUCUAGGUACUUGUUCGACAAUUACACGUUGAUUGUGAGCGAGUAUUUGGAUUCAAAACGUUUGCACCAGUCAAUCGUGGAGUCUGUUGAUGAGUUCAGAAGGGUGGGAAAGCUGCCCGAGGAGGAGUUUGGUAGAAUACUUCCGGUUUACGUUUUCGAUCUUGACGUCAACUCGAUUUUGUUGCUCGACCGUUAUCACCAGUCAGUGGCAUUUAAGGAUAUGGUGAUUGCAGUUAGGACAAAGAGCACUCAGACAGUGAGUGACUACAGUUGCAAUGGACAUCAUGUGUUCACUCAGACAAGGGAACUCGAGAGGCCACUCGUGGGCUCGAUUUUGCAGAGCAUGUGGGGUGUCUCGCCUACUCACCUUGUGUGGAGCCCACGUCAUAAUCAUUCUCUCGUGGACUACACGUGGAGUGUCGGGCAAACCCCCUUUGGCCCGUUUUCUGAGGUAUCUUCUUUGUCGUUCGUUCAGAAAGAUGCUGCAAAGAGAAAUGUGCUUUUGACGUCUUUGAAUUACAGCAUCUCGAGUGGGGUUGAUAUUCUUGAAUCGAUCGCUUCGCAUGGUGGGGAGAGAAAGCUUUUGAAACGCAACAGGCACAAUGAGUUUUUGCAGAGGUGGAAUUUGUUUAGGUACAAGCUGGAAAAAUCGAUCUCUGCCAUGUCGCAUUUUGAUUACGAGAUGGCUUUGUAUUACCUUCGCUCGUCUGAUCAUGAUUUAUAUGCUAUUCACACGCUCGUUUAUCAAGCGUCUCAAGAAUUGGAGGCCGCGCUCGUCUGUUUUAAGGACCCACCUUUUCCGUGGUUGUCCUUUGUGUCGUCCGGAGUUAUUUUCUUUGCUUUGCUUUAUGCGUAUGCGAAAAGAGACAAAUUGUUUCAGAACAAGAGAAAACAAUUCCUAUCCGGUCUCCCAAUUUUGCAGCCCAAUGAACCUGCAAACUUGGUCAUCUCCCCAACAUUCUGCGCGGAUGCAGCCACAAUCUUGUCGUACUUUUCCGGGUGCUUGCUCGUGAAUUUUGGGUCUCCCGACUGCACGAAAAAUGCCCCUCUCAAGAACAUGUCCCCUUCCGAUCUCCAUGUCCACAUCUUCCACACAGACUCCGGUGAGUACUCCCUUUUCGUCACCUGUACUCUCAUUCAUUAG